GCUUAGAUUUGAUUCUACAAAAUACACACAUAUCUUGUGAUUGAUUCUGCUAAAUCAUAAACAUGACAACAAUAAAAGUUCAUGGAAGCCCCUUAUCAACAGCCACCAUGCGUGUUACUGCAACUCUUUAUGAAAAACAGAUUGAAUUUGAGUUUGUUGACAUUAACCUGAGGAAUGGUGAUCACAAAAAGGAACCUUUCAUAUCACUCAAUCCAUUUGGUCAAGUUCCAGCAUUUGAAGAUGGAGACUUAAAACUCUUUGAAUCGAGGGCGAUAACACAAUAUAUUGAUCACGAGUAUGGUGAUAAGGGUACUAAGUUAACAAUCAGUGACUCCAAGAAGAAGGCAAUAAUGGGGUUAUGGUCAGAAGUUGAAAGCCACCACUUUGAUCAAGUAGCAACAAAACUUGUUUGGGAAUUGGGGUUCAAACCUUUAUUUGAAAUACCUUUGGAUACAAAAAUUGUGGAAGAGAAUGAAGCUAAGUUGGAUAGUAUUCUUAAUGUGUAUGAGAAAAGAUUGUCUGAGUCCAAAUAUUUGGGAGGUGAGAGUUUCACCUUGGUGGAUCUGCAUCACUUACCUUGUCUUCAUUACUUGAUGAAGUCACAGAUCAAGAAGUUGUUUGAAUCAAGACCCUAUGUUAGUGCUUGGGUGGCUGAUAUCACUGCAAGACCAGCUUGGUCUAAAGUCAUUGCCAUGAUACCUAAUUAAGUCAUGUCUUGUAUAUGGUGUUAUUAUGUUGGGUGUUGUUUGAUAGUUUAAGAAACAAUUUUUGUUGUUUCCUAAUUGUCAGUUUUUAAGUGUAUUGUAAGUGGAAUAAUAACUAUAGUUCUUGAUU